CAAUUUUUGGUUAAUAACCUUGUUCGCUUGUUUCUCCCAGUUCGGUUGGAUUAUGUGAAUUGUCUUGGAUAGGAUGGUGUUUUGGAUACAUGAAUUACUACUCGUCCUCUCAGUUACUUUAUUCCAUAGUGCCCCGUUAGUAUAUGGAGCUCAUUCUUGGACGCCUUCUCACAUAUUGUCUAUUUCUAACUCAUCUUUAGUCGAUCACCAUGAUGCAGAUGGUUCUCAACUGAGUUAUAUCAAAGUGGGGCUAGCAGCAGCUUUCUUUUUCACUGUGCUUUUUUCAUGCGGUCUACCAGUUUUAUUGAUAAACUACCUAAAAGAACGAAAUAAUUUAUCAUCAGUUAAUAGCGAUCGAAAAUUUCACUUGGGCAGAGUGCAACAGAAUGGGUCGGACCAAAAUAAAAUAGAAAAUAGGGAUGACAAUAAAUUCCAGUAUUGUGAUAUGAAUUUAUCUCCAACUUCAGAAACGAGUCCUGUGAAUGUCUCAAGUGGUGGAGUGUAUGCAGACAAUAAUGCUUCAUGGAAGCGAGCUCCAUUUCAGCAACAAACUUCGGUGGAAUCUGAGAGUUUAUCUAUUUCUUGUCAAAGUCCUAAUCCAGGACUAAUCAGCGGAGACCAGUCUGAAAACAGAGAUUUACUUACUGGUGAGGUGGUUCAUAAUGAAAGAAACUGGGCCAAUUCAUUUAGGAUUCAAGAUCGAAUACGUGGUCGCAAUUUAACUGACCAUUCUAUUAUACAUGGUCGAAGAGAUCACCAAAAACAAGAAAAACAAAUUUUAUCUCGAAAAGUUUGUCUUUCGUCAAGGGCAGUGCGUAAAGAAACAUUACAAGUUUGGUUUAGUCGGUGUAAUUGUUUUGCAGCUGGAGUCUUCUUAUCCUCAGGUUUUAUGGAACUUUAUCCUGAUACUGAAGAAGCUAUAACAGAGGCGAAACUUCAAUUACAUAUUAAAUCGGAAUUCCCAUUCGCUCCAUUUUUAACUCUUGUUGGAUUUUUUCUAGUUUUAAGCAUUGAACAAAUUAUAUGGACAGCGAAAUCAAAUCAAUGGACAUGUUGUAGACGAAAUUCUAAUACUAGUGAAGCUUUACAUUGUGAUUCACUACAUCCCAAUGAAAAUGAUUACAGUUUUGAGAGUAAUGGAAAUUUUUACCUUUGUAAUAAUGAUAGCAAUAACAACAAUGGAAAUCAUAAAUUAUCCUUUGAACAAUCACAACAAAAUAACAUUGGAUAUUUAUCAUCUAAAUUUAUGAAAAGUAGUAGUAGUAGUGUGAAACGACCAUCGAAAUUGUCUAAUGCAACAAAUACUUCAGAUUUGACUUCAGUUGAUCGUUCACCUACAUCAUCUACUCAUUCUGGCAAUGAUUUUCUUCUAGAAUCCAGUGAUAUUGCCGAAAAUCACAUGGAAGAUAAUCAUCAUUGUCAUGAUAAUGAUGGUCAUCAUCAUUCUCAUACUCAUGAUAUUAAAUUUGAUGCUAGUUCUUUUGGAUCAGUAUUACGUGUUAUUUUACUUUUAUGCGCUAUGUCUGUACAUUCAAUAUUUGAAGGUUUAGCAGUUGGUCUUCAACCUACAACACAACGUACUGUUGCUUUAUUCACUGCUAUUUUAUUACAUAAAAUUAUCAUAGCUAUUGGGAUCGGUGUAAAUUUAGCUACCAAUCUGAAUCAACCAUCAACAUCUUCAUCUCAAUCUUCCUAUUGUCAUUUGUUUAUGUAUCAAUCUAUUGGAACGUUGAUUUUAGCUUGUUCAUCACCAUUUGGUGUACUGGUCGGUUGUGGUUUAAUGCAACAAAAACAAUCUGCGGUGUUGACUAUGUCAACUGCUGUACUUCAAGGUCUCGCUUGUGGAACAUUUUUCUAUGUGGUAUUUUGUGAAUUAUUACCAGUUGAAUUUAAAGAAGGUGUUAAAGAUAGAAUGGGAAAAUUUUUCUUCUUAUUAUUUGGAUUUUUAGUAGUUGCAUUGUAUGCUUUUUUAAUGCCUGAAUAAACAUUUUGUUUAAUGCAAUAUGAGGAUACAUUCUUUGUGGUCAUUUUGAUUUGUUUUGCACUCUCAGUAGUUUUAUGAAACAUUUCAUUAGUUGACUUAGAUUUAUUGUCUUUCUCAGUCAAUGGUGUAGUAUGUUUGUAUUUCUCAUGUUGUCGUUUAUAUAUUUUCAUUGCUUCUCUUUGGUUUUGGGCAUACUUUUUCAAUUUUUUGUAUGAAAAACAAUAAUUAAAUGAUUAUGAAUUUCACUGUUUUUUUUAAUAUGUAUUUUUUUCCAAGUCAAGUUAGAUAAAUUAUUAUCAUUAUUAUUGUCAAGCUGUGAUUUUCUUUAAUUUUAGGAAUAUCUUUCUUUUAUACAAUGAAUUUAUCAUUUUCACUUAUGUUCCCCCUCUGCCCUCCCACAAUCAAUUAUUUAUCCAAAUGUCUAAUUAGGUAAAUUGUGUUUUUUCUCUUCUCUCCUUCUUAUGUUACUUUAAUUGAUCGCUUUUUGAUCACAAUUAUUUUCGAUAGUUUGCUAUUUAUACAUAUUUAUAUAUAUAUACAUGAUCUCUGAUAACUUUUUUUUCUCUGGAGUAUAACUUUUCUGUACAAUCCCAAGUAGUGCUUUUUUUGUGCUUAUUUUUUACUGGAACACAUAAAUUUAUCCUGUUGGGGCACGAUUAUCUACUUGUAUGUUUGUGAAUAACGGGGUUAAAUAGAACACUUGAUUUGUGAAAGUUUCUAUUUAUUUAUAUAUUUGAUAUUAAUUAUUGUAACAAAACUAGUCGGUUUGAUUAGCUGAAUGAUAUUCCAUGCGAAUGAAUACUUUACUUACCUCUGC